GCUAACAAACAGUGAUAACGAUAAAAACCAUUAUUAAUUACCCAAACGUAAGCAAUUCGUUAUUUUAAAUCUGUAAAUAAUCACUCCAUGUUCAGUCCAUCACGAUGAUUGGCGCUUACCAGGCUGUUUUCCUUGUGCUUUUCCUGGGCCACCUUCAUGGUGAGCCGAUCCCAGCUCAACCGGCGAUAGUGGAAGACUUACGCGCGAGCGCCUCCAGGAUCGUGGCCGGAUGGCCGGCAGAGGAAGGCCAGAUUCCCCACCAAAUCAGUCUGCGCAUGAUCAACCUCGCCGCCCAAGUCAGCUCCUGUGGAGGCUCCGUCAUCAGCGAGAAAUGGGUGCUGACUGCUGCGCAUUGCGUUGCCAAUCGCGUAAGCUUCGUGAUCCGCUACGGGCUGACCAACCAGACCCGGCCUGCGUACAUUACGGAGACCACUAGCAAGUACAUAUACCCCGCCUACAUCGAGUUGCAAGGAGGAGUGCAGACAGACGAUAUCGCACUGCUGCAAGUGCAGUCUCCUGUGCCUUACGGACCCACAAUCCAGCCAGUGCGUCUGCAGAGCAGCGCGCAGAAGAACAAGGUGUACACCGGCAUCCGCCUCACCGUCAGCGGCUUCGGACGCACUGACGACCCCAUUAACGGAGGAGCAGCAUCCGAGAUCCUGCUGUGGACGUUCCUGCGCGGCAUCAGCAACGAGGAGUGCCGCAGCUGGUACCCCGGCCCCACGGUGCAGGCCCAGACCAUCUGUGCCGAGUACUAUAAUAACACUGCUCAGUCAUCUUGCCAGGGUGACAGCGGUGGUCCUCUGACGACUGUGGACUUGGACGGUAAGGUCACUCAGGUCGGACUCGUCAGCUUCGGAUCCUCGGCUGGAUGCAACAGUCCCUUCCCUUCGGCAUACGUCCGUCCGGGGCACUACCAUGAGUGGUUCCUCGAGAUCACUGGAAUCAACUUCGACUGGGACAGCGACGCCAUCGAAGCACCUUCCACUGAGUCUGAGUCAUCAGAGUCUUCGGAGUCCUCAGAGUCAUCGGAAUCAUCCGAGUCAGAUGAAUCAGACUCAGAUGAAUCUGAGCAAGUAAUGGUGGUCAACAACAACAUUGCUUAAUUUAACAACCAGUGACUGUUAUAAAUGGCUUAUAUAAAGUGAUUGAAUAAAAAAUCUAUUAGUGUUAA